AUGUUGGCCUCCCUACUUCGCCCGAGAGCACGCCGCGGGCAGAUUGACCAGUCUCAAUUUUCUUCCCCCUUUGCGGUGACAGACAAUUUACCAUGGUUCGGAUCAGGCGCGCGACGCGGUCCUCGGCAUACGCGUGGGGCAGACUCCAGUGAUGACGAGCCAGAGCUCGAGGACAUUGACGAAAAUGGACACUGGGAGGAGGAUGAGGGGGAAGAGGACGAUGUGCCUAUGGAGUCAACUCCCUUGCUUCCAAUCUUCUCGUCCUCGCAUUUGGAUGCACUCCCUGUCUACGACAUCACCCAUGCUAUUCGUCCCUUAAUCGCCUCACGAUGCGAGACCACCUUGACCUGGGACCAACUCCGGUCUCCCCAGGUGUCGCAGUUUCUCGUCAAGCCUAUUCAGCAACAGAUAAUGUCCGAACACUUUUCGCGAGCCACCCUCUAUGCCCUCAUGGCCAAUUGUUUGCAAUUCGAGAAGGAGAUACACGUGAAUCCAGGGAACAGCGGAGCAAGCCAGACUCGCGCGAUGGUCAGUGAGCUGCUCGCGAUUAAGCUACUGAGGGAAUACACAACUCGCGAAUUGAUUGAUGCACUGUCGUAUGACUUUUAUCCUCUUCAGGGCCAGGACUCAGCCAUGGCAUGGACUGGUGGCCCUCAAGGAAAGGUCACGGGUACCGCUCGGAUCUCUUGUUUGGAGGUGGCAAUUCGUGCGCAAGCAAAACGCUUCCUGGCGCACCCAGUAGUGGUGCAACAAUUGGAGGCCAUCUGGGCAGGAACAAUCGUCUUUCACUCUGCCGCCGAUCAUCUGCAUCGCCCUUUGAAUCGAUCAUCGCCAGGGAAUUAUGACUAUGGGGCAACCGCCGAUCGAGAUGGAAACCCGGUUCCAACUGGAAAUACCACCUUUCGUCGCUCGGUGACGCUGUACAACCCCCGAAAUGCAUCGCUAUUCAAACUUUCGCGGUUACGUGUGCCUCGAUACCGGCAAUUUCUAUCUACAAUUUCCUUCGCAGUUCUCCUGGGACUUUUCUUAGCUGUUCUUGAACAGCGCAGUGGGCGCAUCACAUCUUUGGAGAUUGUAUUUUGGUUUUGGAGUGCGGGAUUCAUGCUCGACGAGAUCGUUGGUUUUAACGAGCAGGGCUUCAGCCUUUAUCUGAUGAGCUUCUGGAAUAUUUUUGAUCUAGGUAUUCUGUUGCUCUUGUUUUGUUACUAUUGUCUGCGUGUCUAUGGUGCAUUUUUGACCUAUCCACGGAGCAAUCAGAUAGCCGAUCAGGCAUACGAUAUUCUGGCGGCUACCUCCGUCCUCCUCUUCCCGCGUCUAUUCUCGAUCCUCGAUCACUACCGUUAUUUCUCGCAACUAUUAGUUGCAUUCCGAAUCAUGGCGUCUGAUCUGAUCGCUGUCUUUGUUCUCAUUGUGAUUGCGUGUAGCGGCUUUUUCGUCGCCUUCUUGUCUUUUGGAAAUGACAACUCUCCAAAGAGCGUCGCAUAUGGUCUGUUCCAACUAGUCAUGGGAUUUACACCGACUGCGUGGGCCAUGUGGGAGGAAUACAAUUUCCUCGGCAGGACCAUUCUGACAAUCUUCCUCUUCAUUUGUCACUUCGUGAUCGUCACCAUCUUGGUUUCUGUCCUGUCGAACAGCUUCAUGCGAAUUGUGAACAACGCGAAUUCUGAACAUCAAUUCUUAUUCGCUGUUAACACGAUAUCUAUGGUUAAGUCAGAUGCGCUGUUUAGCUACGUUGCCCCGACCAACGUUAUCGCUUGGCUUGUCACGCCCUUCCGAUACCUGAUACCUUUCCGCCAAUAUAUUAAACUCAACCGAACCAUCAUCAAAGUCACGCACUUGCCAAUACUCUUUACUAUCUGUCUUUACGAAAAGACAAUUCUGAGUGCCCGUGUGAUGGAGCCGAUGGACCUUGUGGACACAUCGCGUCAAGAACCAUUAGCUCAGACCCGACCCAGUCGAUUCCAAGCCUUUAGCACGAGGCCACCAAGAUUGAUGCGGGAACCAUCGGUAGCUACAUAUCAUAAAGACCAGGCACUGGAAGAGGUCUUCCGGCAGCAAAGCAGCGUCGAACGAACUCGAGACAGACCGGUCAGCAUGCGCAAACACCAAACUAAUAAUGUCAUCAAGGAUUGGAUGCAGGAGGUUGGUUCCGGCCCAGCGCACACCCCAGAUGAGCAAGACUCGGUGAUCAUGGAGCAACUUGAGAUGCCGCUGCGGCGACCUCCGUACCCGAUGCGGAAGUCUACGGGAGCCCAUGGGCGCAAUUUUACAGACACUACUCGAUCUCUGGCUGCUUCCAAUCCUGAAGAGCGAGUCAGUCAUAUUGACAACCCGUCAUUCUAUCCUCAGCAGAGGGAUUCAUCCUCACCCAUGCAAACCCGCCUACUUUCUCAGCAUACUGACAUGGAAGGUGAUGAUGAGCUCGACAGUGAUGAUGGCUCCCAGGAAGAGCAUUCAGAAAAGGGCUCAGUCACUGACGGCGCUCACCCGGUCGGUAGCACGGAGAAGACUACCCCCAAAUUCUACAGCUCCCGGCCAUCCACUGCUAGAAUCGCAUCUCGAAGAGAGAGUCCGGUCCGCCGUCCUAGACACACCCGUAACAUCUCAGGGGCCACCAUGCUGUACAACCCUGUUGAUUCCCCAAAUGAAGAAACCGAAGGGCGAACAACGCCCCCACGGACCCGCAAAGACUCUUCGGAUGAAGAUCACCCACCUGGCCUGUCAACGUCCGCGAAUGUCGGCACUGUGAGACGACAUGCACUCAAUGCAGUCCUCUCACGCAAUCCCUCUCUCGGCUUCAGCCACAUGUCCGUCCCCGAAAUCGAAGGAUUAUACCUAUCUGAUCGCCCGCUCUCACGACGUCCGCCACGGUCGUUGCUGUUUGACCUCGGAUCCGAUCUGGGUGAUAACAAGGCGGUGGCCGGUGGCUUUGGGGGCGCAAUCCCAUCCAGCUUCAACACCCAAAUGGCGCUCGCUACCGGAAAUCUUCGCCGGGACGGACCCAGCCAAAGUCAAGAUAUGCUCAGCAAAUUGGUUCUUGCCCGCAUGAACAACAUUGAAGAGGGAUUCCGAGAGGUUAUCAAAGAGGUAAAAGAUCUUCGACGGACGGAAUCCAGUCGUAGCGGUAGUCGCAGCCGACCGGACGAGUCCCGUCCUGCUACGCGUGAGAAAAAGAAGCGAGAGAAGAAAGAUACAAAAAAGCCAAGGCCACAAUCUGAUGGUAGUGGCCGAGGUCGAGGUCGUGAUGGACAACAGUCUACAGAGACUGACACCCAGCCUUCCGCCUAA